AUGCCCAAGCAGGGGAUUUUAUAUAAUCAUUUGAUGGAUUCACGAACAAUUUGUUUGAACAGUUACUUAGCAGAAUUAGCCGUUCCAAAAUAUCAUCCUACAAAAGCUGGUAUUCGCCGACAAGAUCUUUCAGCGGUAUUUACUUCCAUGUACAGCGCAAGUCAAAUAGGAGUAAAUGUUACCCUCGACUAUUUAAUAUACAGCACCGAAUCGCUAUACCAACAUUUCGGAAGGUACGAUGAACUUGCAGAUUUGUUCGUUAAUGUGGCGUCACAUAUAUCGAGAGAGGAUGAAUACAACGAAUUGAAAUUCUUCGUCGACCGUCAUACAGACAUGUAUCCUGCAACAUUUAAAGCGAGCUUACAUUCUGCUGUCACUAUUGCGGAAACUAACUUAAAGUGGUUCAAAAAUAACGCUUGCAAAAUUUGGAAAUGGAUAAUUAAUCACAAAAAUAAGAUAGUUCUACAAGGUUAAAAUCACUAAAUAUCGUUCAUACAACCCUCAUUCUUUUAAUAUUGCAUCUUUUAAGCUUUUUAUACUGAAAAACUAAAUCAAACAGAAAUCGAUAAUUCGACGACAAUUAUUCUUUAGAUUUUUAUUGUAUUGUAUUAUUUAUUGUAUUGCAAAAUGACAGAAGAUUUAUUCUUGACAGAUCUGUACUUUUUUAUUUAAUAAUUUAUUCUUUUUUAAGC